UAAUCUCGACACAGUUCUAGCAGUCCAGCACAGCAGCAACAAUCCUUCCUUUUUCUAGUGGCACCAACGUCAUUAGCAUAAUCCAUACUGCUAGAUCUAGAUCUAGGCGUAGGCGAGCUGUCACCAACUAAAUCUACUUUUUAAAAAUAUUUAGAUCUAGAUCUACUUUUCUUAAUUAAUUUAUUGCUUUUAUUUCACUUUGUAAAUUUUAGAUGCUUUGCUGUAGCGAAAUAAUUAUAAAUUAAUUAAUUAGCGCCAGAGUUCAAGGAUUGAUGAGUAGCGGAGUACCCUGAUGAAGUGUCCGAAAAUGGCGGAAUUGCAGUUUGAGGCACCAUUAGCUUCUUUUGAAAACGAAGAGUGGAGUGAAUUUAACGAAUUUAAAUCAUCUAACAUUGAUAGGCCUAGCUUAUUAUGCAAACAAAAACCAGAAGAAAAAUCGCUUGACGACCGAGACGAAGGGUCAAAUUUUGAUGAUUUAGUAUCCGGAUCUUUGGAGGAUUUGGUAAAUUCAUUCGAUGAAAGAAUAACAAAAUGUUUUAAUAAUUUAGAAGAACAAGUGGAGGCGUUUGCGCCUGUUCAGAUCCGAUCACAAGAAGAAAUAAUGAAUGAUUGCCAGAUGUGGUGGACCAUCACUGGCAACUUUGGCAACAUUCUCCCUAUUGACUGGUCCAAGUCUUACGCCAGGAGCCUGCAACACAGGGUCCUCAAUAUAGGAGAGGAACAGCGUGCGUGUGAUGCCCUGAGUCUAGACCUGUCUGAUGAUGAAGAGCUGGCCCAAGCCUUUGACAUGCACUCUUUGAUUGUCAGUAGUCUCCACCCAGAGGAAGAGGAUCAGAUUCUGACUGCGGACCAAGUCAUCAGUCAAAUUGAUGACAUGAUGAAGGAACCUUCGGCUGAAGAUUACUUGAAUGCCAUGCAAGAUGCCCCAGAAGAUGUGGCUUACACUCAGAUCAAGCAAACAUUGGCUUCUCUCAAUGGCUACUCUAAAGAAGACAUAAAAAGCAUGUCUGGGGCUGAGCUGCAUGAGUUGGUGGCGGAGUACGACACGACGACCAAGGUUCUGUCAGAGAUGCUGGUCUCAGAGCUGGCCCUCAGAGAUGAGCUGGAGUUUGACAAGGAGCUCAAGAACCAGUUCAUCUCACUGCUGCUGACUAUACAGAAAAAACGGAGGGACUCCCAUAGUGAGAGACGGAAGAAGAAAGCUAAGACAGCCAGUCCCCCACAUGAUAAUUUUUUGACCACGGCCAUUCCUUACUACCCCUGCCAGGGUGCUCCGUCUUCUGAACAGCUUCAGAUUUACAUCAAAAUUUUACAAGCAAUCAAUGAGGACAGCUCAACGGUGCCAACUCUGCUCACUGAUUACAUCCUUAAAGUUCUGUGCCCCACCUGAGCCAGCCAUGGUUUGAGCCUCUCCUUGCUGUCGUGUGGAUGUCAACACAUAGUUUUCCUAGUAGUGCUUCAUGUGUCAGCUCUGCAAUCAUUUGGUUGGUUUUUUUUCUUUCUAUUGGGUCAAUGGAGGAGCAAACCUGAGGGGGACCUCAUCUAGAGCACGUGUCUACUUAUUUCUUGCUUGCUCGCCACUUUGUGCAAUAGCUGUCUGGAUUGUAAAUACAUUUUUUAAAUUUAUUGUCACCAAA